GCUGGUGGCUGCCUUCCCCGCUUUCUCCCCUCUGCCCUGGGAACCUGAGACGAAGCAGCAGCCUCGGCGUCUGUCAGUCUGUUGGCUGCUGGUCCCUGAGGACGGAAGCAGAGGUCUCUGGGAGGGGACCAGGGCGUCGGUCAAGCCCCCAGGACUGGCUCCUGGGCCCCAGAUAAGUGUACACGCAACUGUGCUCUGUCCACCGCACCUCCUGCAUGUCCUGCUGCCCUGAGCUGUCCCGAGCUAGGUGACAGCUUGUCACGCUGCCACCAUGAACGAGGUGUCUGUCAUCAAAGAAGGCUGGCUCCACAAGCGCGGUGAAUACAUCAAGACCUGGCGGCCCCGGUACUUCCUGCUGAAGAGUGACGGCUCCUUCAUUGGCUAUAAGGAGCGGCCCGAGGCCCCUGAUCAGACCCUGCCCCCCUUAAACAACUUCUCUGUCGCAGAAUGCCAGCUGAUGAAGACCGAGAGACCGCGGCCCAACACCUUUGUCAUACGCUGCCUGCAGUGGACCACAGUCAUCGAGAGGACCUUCCAUGUAGACUCUCCGGAUGAGAGGCAAGUCUGGGCCUCUGUGUGGCGGCCCUUUGAGAGGGGCCAGGCUCUGUGUGAGGAGAAAGGGCGCAGAUGGACAGAUUGCCCUGAGCCCCUCCUUAGGAGUUUCCCAUCUCAGACCUUUUGCCAGCUAGGACGUGCAGGGCUUCUCAGCGCGGAGACUCCCACCCACACCGCCCCGUGUCCUCAGACUGGGGACUGCAUUGGAAUUGCGGGGGGGAUUGUUAACAGUGAGGAGCUCUGGGCCGCUUCGGGGCCUCUGAUUGUCUGGAGAUCUGCAGAGAGUCAGGGAGCUGCAUUUUUUUUUUUUUUUUGCGGUACGCGGGCCUCUCACUGUUGUGGCCUCUCCCGUUGCGGAGCACAGGCUCCGGAUGUGCAGGCUCAGCGGCCGUGGCUCACGGGCCCAGCCGCUCCGCAGAAUGUGGGAUCUUCCCGGACCGGGGCACGAACCCGUGUCCCCCUGCAUCGGCAGGCGGACUCUCAACCACUGCGCCACCAGGGAAGCCCAGGGAGCUGCAUUUUUAAUGAGCAUUGCCGUUGAUUUUGAGGCAGGUGGUCUAGAGACUCAGUUUUUUAAAAGAUCAGUUUAAUAAUCAGGAGAGAUACAGAUUUACCUAGUUGAGAAAUCAAACAGCUGAAGGAGGUGUCUAGUGAAAGCUUCACUCUCACUGCAGCCCCGUAACACGCCCCCCAUCCCCAACCUGCAAGAUAAC